UUCAUAAAAUUGUCACAACAAAGAGUGUUACGGUGUGUUAUUUUUGUAAAACGAAAGUUUAUUAUGAUCAAUAAUGGCACGUUUUCAAUUAAAGGAUAGCGAGGAAUAUUAUCUUGCACUCUCUGAUCAGCCAAAGCGUUUUGAUGCCGAUAGUCCUGUUACGAAUGUGUUUUUCGACGACAGCAAUGGGCAGGUUUUUACUGUUAGAUCGGGGGGCGUUACAGGCGUUACGGUGACUGGCAUGGACCCAACGAAAUCAACUUCAUUCCGAAUGGAGGAUAGAGGACCAAUAAUAUCAAUAAAAUUUUCUCCAGACCUCAAAAUAUUGGCGAUACAGAGGAACCAGGAUAAUCAGAAUGCAACUGUUGAGUUUGUUAACUUUAAAGACUUAGCUCCGACCAAUGUAGAGUACUCCCAUACUUGUAAAUGGAAGAAUGCAAAGAUACUAGGCUUUGUUUGGCCUAAAGUGAAUGAGAUAACAUUCAUUACAGACCAUGGGAUUGAGCUACUACAAGUUGUACCUGAUAAAAAACAGUUGAAGAGCUUGAAAAAUAUUUCUUUUAGCUGCGCAUGGUUCUCCUGGUGCUCACAGAGCAAUAUAGUGUUACUGGCCGGCAACAAUGGGGUGCUGCUGCAACCUUUCUCUCUCAACAACUCAACCAUCACCAAACUGCAGAAAUUGGAAUUGGAGGCGACGCGGCCGGUGGUAGAGCGCGACGUGUUCACGUUGAGGCUGUGCGACGCCACCUGGUGCGCCAUCUUCCGGCACGCUCAGUCUGCCACCGUCGCCACGCCAGGACCUACUGAGGUAUGGCUGAUGCCGAUAACGGGUCCCUCCGGUUUCCACUACACGCACGUGCUGAAGACAGGCCUGGUCGGCAGGUUCGCCGUCAAUGUCGUGGACGACCUCGUUGUCGUACACCAUCAGACGUCUGAAAUUGUAGCGACUUCUUUAUUGCACGUCUUUAUGAAAGCUCAUAAAGUAGUAAAGGCCUUUAAGAAGGUUUAUAAUUAUAUUGAACACGGCAAACGCGUCAUGCCACGACUCCAUAACGUGUCAUCUACACGCAGGAAGUGGUUCGCCUCCAGUUUUAUUAUCAGAACCGUUAAGAAGUCGAAUUCUUUGCCGGAGUCUUGUGUUCCCCUAAGGGUAUUCCUGGGUGUCUUCAAGGCCCGUGCUCCAUAG